GCGGACACACAUUCCUCUGCAGAUCACAAGUGAAGCUACACUGUGGAUGAUGGAUUGUUCAGAAGAGGUUCAGCUGGUGUCCGAGGAGCCCAGCGCUCAAAUAGAGCUAAAAAAGGGAAUGUCCAUUUUUAUUGAUAUCUUACGGAGGGCCGAUAAAAACGAUGAUGGAAAGCUGUCCUUUGAUGAAUUCAAAUCCUACUUCUCUGACGGAGUCCUGACAGCUGAGGAACUGAAGGAGCUCUUUCACACGAUCGAUACCCAUAACACAGACAACUUGGACACGGAUGAACUCUGUGAGUACUUCUCCCAGCACCUCGGUGAAUACGAGAACGUUCUUGCUGCCUUAGAAGACCUGAACAUGUCCAUCCUGAAGGCGAUGGACAAAACAAAGAAGGGUCCUGUGAAGCCAGAGGUGUUGUCCAUCCAGUGGUCGGGUCGUCGCUCUAAUCGGAGGCUUCAGAGAAACAACAGCCUCUCCCCCAACAACCCUCUCUUUAGCCUCAUCAGUUCAGGUGUUUAUGAUGAAGACAGCCAGUGGAUAAUCCAGGUCAACAGACUGCAGAAACUUAUCGACCGCCUAGAACAAAAGGAGAUCCGUCUGGAGCCCGUUGAAGAAGAGGUCUUGGAGAGCAAAUCGCACAUCCUAAUAGUUCAGAGGCAGCUCUCGGUGCUGGAGGAAGAGCUGGAGGAGUUUCGCUUGGCUCUCAGACAGUACAUGGAGUGCGCCUGUGCCCAGACUGGAUGUUUGCAUAUCGCAGUUCAGCGGCUGGCAAAUGAAUCACGCUUCAUUCUCUAUGAAUUCUGGGAGCACAACAACGUGUGGAAGAAUCACCUACAGACCAACUACAGUAAAACCUUCCAGAGGGGGAACGUGGACUUCCUGGAAACUCCUGAGACCAUUACCACCAUGUUGGUUCCUGCCUCCUGGUGGGUCCUCAACAACAACUGAACGUGGACACACACUUCUCUUUACUGAUGGGUGCAAACAAACAGCAACUGGCCAACACAUCUGGAAGUCCACAGCAAGAGCAACAAUGCUGCCCUACCCCUGACACACGCACACACACGCACACACACACACACACACGAUGAACACAUUUUGUGAAGUCAUGGUGAUUAGUAUCUAUUUUAUGACCUCCAUGUUCCUUCAUAGUUUGGUGGUAGCUCAAAUAGCCCAUGCGUGUUUGUUUAUGUUCCUCGGCCAUCCUAAAAGCAACAACCUCAGUAGACAGCGAUCAAUCUGAUUAUCUCAUCGCAGUGUUUGACAUGACAUCAUCUAUAGUCCAGAGUAGUUCAUGAGAGAGGUGUGUGUGUUUGUAUAGGUUAAUUUGUGAGGACCAGCGUGUAAAGUUUUUGUCCCCAUUGUUGGUUUUAGGGUUCAGUUGAUUUGGGGCUGGGAAGUCUGUUAAAGAAUGUCCUCACAGAUAGCCAUACAAGUAUAUAGGUGUGUGUGUGUGUGUGUGUGUGACGUGUGUGUGAGACGAGUGUGUGACGUGUGUGUAUGCAUCUGUGUGAGUGACUGAGAGCGACUAAUUGAUGAAAUUGUAUCAACUGUAGCAGCUCUGGAGAGCUCAUUAAACCAUAAUACUGUUGUUUCAGCAUUUAUUGAGUUAAAAUGAGAUAAAAGCAUUAAAUAAAGACGAUAUUAUUGUGUA